AAACGCAACUCAAACAACUCAGAAUUCAUCAUAAGUUUGUACGCAUUUCCAACUCCUACAUAACCACAGAUUUCCUUCCAAGUUCCACCAAAAGAUUCAGAUACUAUGGAGAUUUUCGUGUCGUUUCCCCGCCUAGUUAUGGCAAUGGCAGUGACUCUUGUCCUGGCUCUGGCAGUCUCCGCGCAAGUUCGUUCCCCUUGUACUGCCAACACGAUUGCUAGCUUUUCCUCUUGCAUGAGUUUUCUCACUAACAGCAGCGCCAAUGGUACAGCACCAACCGCAGACUGCUGCAAUUCGCUAAAAUCCAUCACAAGUACUAGCAGGGACUGUUUUUGCCUCCUUGCGACUGGAGGCGUUCCCUUCCAGUUGCCAAUCAACCGGACUCUAGCCAUCUCUCUUCCUCGUGCCUGCAACCUCCCUGGCGUCCCUCUCCAAUGCCCAGCCGCUGGUGCACCUAUUCCUGCUCCAGGUCCUAGCUCCCUGUCGCCAGCUCUUUCUCCUGGAGCUUCACCAUCUGCUCCAACAGCUUCCUCUGUCCCAGCACCCACCUCCUCUGCUGAGUCACCAGAAUCCGACAACACACCGGAUUUAACUCCGCCAUCUACAACAGGGGGUUCUGCAGCUCCAAACGCAAUUCCUGGGAGCCGCCCGGUUCUGACUCCUUCGGCUGCCACACUCUCUUACUCGCCUUCCCUUCUGCUAUUGGCAUCCGGCACUCUAGCUAUGAAGUUUUUCUAGGCUGAUUGUAUAUGUUUGCCUCUACACAUUUUUCGUACAUUGUUUGAGAAAUAUUAUUUAUAAUUGAGUGUGAUUAUUGUAUUUCAUUACUUCAGAUCAUUGUAAACCAUAUUUAGGUGGUUAUUGAUAGAAUCAGUGAAAAUAAAUAUUUGUUUCAUUUUAA